UUAAGAACCACUUCAAAGUGUCUUUGACUUCCGAAAUCUAUUCUGCCUCGACUUUAACAUGGGCUUCUUGAAGACCUUGGGCGAGAAGGCGGACAGAGUGGCUUUGUCUGUCACAAACACAAUGGCCGAUAGCCGCUCUUAUUAUUCCGGUGGUCCCGAUUGUGUCGCAGCAGACAGUGUCCCUCGAAAUUCCAAGGGACAACGGGAACCACCUCCACGCAUAUCCAAAAUGACCUGGGCGGAGACUCUUGAGGCAGAGAAGGCGGCGAAAGUGAAGCAAGCCGAUCUCGUUAAAUGAUCUACUCUCUGAGCUAAGAGCUUGGCUGUCGAAUCUCAAUGUAUGGCGAACCCCACGUACGUAGUCUCGCAGAGAACAGGAAAGAGAUCACGAGUGGAAGCCCAUUGCAAGUAGGAACUGAAUGCCGGUAAUAGCGUGU